AAAUGCACGAGGCGGACGGAAAAUCCGAACGGGCCUAAAUUACUCUGCCGCGCACCCGCUACCCGAUAUAGAAAAAAAGGCGCGCUAAACAGUUCGAAUGAUAUUCGGGCGCCCAAUCAGGAUGCUAGUUUUAAACCAUUUUUUAUCCCGCUCCUCAACCCAAAAAGUCUUCCAGUGCUAUUUACACUGCCUUUGAACCUUUUUAUUUGUACGUGAUCUACAAUCUUCUCUCUCUGGAAAUUACCUUCCUUUCCGCCAAUUUAAAAAAACAAACCUCCAGAAGAAGCGGUGCAUUCUGGGAAGGUUCUAAAAUGGCUGGAAUAGUGUUCUGAGCUGGCGGUGGUUGUCUGAUCUGCGAAGCGCUUUAGUAUCUCGGAAGCGGAAUGGCGACGACGCAGCUUCUUUUGACGGCGGCGCGGGGCUUGUUUGGGCGUCGUUCUUUUGUACCUGAAGCUCGCCGACUGUUCAGUACUGGAGUCCCUAACUCAUACCGUGUGAAGGAGCCUCCCCGCCCCAAAGAAGUUGAUCGAUGGACAGAGAAACGAGCACUGUUUGGAGUCUAUGACAACAUUGGAAUUCUGGGGGACUUCUUGGCCCACCCCAAGGACCUGAUUGUAGGCCCCGUAUGGUUACGUGGCUGGCGGGGCAAUGAAUUGCAGAGAUGCAUCCGCAAAAAGAAAAUGGUGGGUGACCGAAUGUUCUUAGAGGAUUACCACAACUUGAACAAGAGGAUUAAAUUUCUGUACAAGCGUUUUAAUCGCACUGGGAAGCAUCGCUAAGAGUAGCUCCUCAGGAGCUAGCAUCUGUUGCCAACGUGGUGGAAAACAUUAGCUCAUGGGACUGUACAAAGAAUUACGGAUAUGUAGAAUAGUUCAAAUGACCUUAUUCUGAUUGUUUCCAUUAUAUGUCACUUCAUCUACCAAUAUAUUCCAGAGCAACGUACUGAAAUUUCAUUCCUGGAAGUCUUUGCUUAAAGUCUGAGGAUGUAACCCAUCCAUCAGUUUCAGCCUUGUUGGUGUACAUGAAUACACUGUAACCAUUAUGUACUGUGUUCUGUGACUAUCUGCACCUCAAAUGCAGAGUAAAGAGUAAAGAUUGUUUUUUAUUUGAUGUGUAUUUCAGGCUAAAAAUUACUUAACAGUGUGUUAUGGGUGUUUGCCAAGGUAAAUAACAUGGCUUCAGAACAAAAAUUCCUGCUUUUUUGUUAUCUCCUUGCUGUGUCUAGUUGUCUAAUUCUCCACUUAUGUAUGGGUUGACUUAUACGGAACAGAAUUGAGUUAGCUGUGUGAUGAGUUGCAUUGGGACUAGCUGAGCAACCACUGUGAACAGUCAUGUUCAGAUACAAAUUUGCCUUAUUUUCUUGCUCAGGAACACCCCACUUGAGCUGAGUUCAUGCUGUCUAAAAUGCUCUUAGAAUUCUUGUUGGAUGCAGAGUCUUUUACUAACCAAAGAUGCAGCUCUAUGCAUUGAAGAACUACAGGGAAAAAUAACCACAUGGUGAGAAAAGAAGAAUGGAAUAGGAUUGAGUAGGUGCUUCUCUGGUGAAAUGCAUCGCUUUUCCUAAUUUUAUUCAGUAAGCAGUAUAGUAGCAUGGUCUUGGAGCCACAAGCUUCAGUCUCUACUUUUGCAUGAUCCUAGGCAGCUAAGGCUGCUUUCCUAAUCCACUUACCUGGGUGUAAGCCCAAUUGAAUUCAGUUGGACUUACUUUUAGUUAGACAUGGUUAGGAUUGUGCUGCAAGUUGCACCAGUGAGUUUCUGGCUCAUCAAAGUUUGGGUUGUAAGAAGCUGGGAUCCAUUUUCAUUCACAGCUGUAGUCCUGGAGUGGGGCAGAAAGAGCCAACUUGUUCCACUCCACUUUUAACCUUGCAGGUGGCUUAUAUUAUGUAUGAAUAAUGACCUAUAUUAAGUCGGAUUGCCCGUUACAUGCAUGGGCAAUUCCAUUUAAAAGCUGGACAUGUCUGUCAUAUAAAGUGUGAAUUGGUUGUAAGUUACAGCAGCGUUAGCAAUCGCAUCAAAGUGUCUCUUGGAAUGUUUGCAUACCCCUGUUUUGACAGGAUGUAAUUGUAUCAUAUUCAUUUUCUGUUGUCAGUCUUAAAAGAUUGACUUUGGAGGCAAGGCAAUAGGGUUCGUGUAUGAUACAGAUUAGUAACACGCUACAGAGGGAAUCAGGAAAGGAAAUACUGAUAUGCAAGUAGCGUUAAUAAAAUGGCAAAUGACUUUGGGUAGCUAAUGCAGUUCAAUACAAGUCACGUAUGUUUCUUAACUUUACUCUUCCCAACUCCAUCUGCUGUGACUGCCUCACAUAUGUAUGUGAAGACUCCUGCUGAGUAGAUGUUAUUCCUGGUAACGCUGGAAGACAGCUCAACCUUCCUCAUAGGCACAUUCUCACUUUCUGGCUAUUGGGAAUUUUGGAGAUGGCAUUACAUCCUGGGCAAGGCAAAACACUGAGCAGCAUAAGAAUAAUGUACAGCCUGGGAAAAUGGAAAGGUCUUUUCCUGGUGCCAAUACGGCAUCAUGGUAAGCCUGCCUGCGGAGAGCAUUGCCACCAUUAAGUAGGCCCUUUCCCUUGUGCCACUCCACAGAUGGAGGGAGUAUCUGAAGAAGGGCUUCUGCUGAAGAUCGCAGUGUACAGGCAUGCAUGGAGACAAGUGGUCCUUUAGGCCCCUUGGUCCCAAGCUGUAAAGGGCUUUAAAAGUUAAAAACAGCAUACUGAAUUGAAUAUGGAGACAGCGUGGUGGGUCAGGAGACUUUGGGAGCCACACUAGGCAGGAGAGCAGACUGACUGAAAAGCCUGGAUGGGGGCGAGAGGCUGUCAGGCUGUCACAGUAGGAGACUGAGUGCAAAUGAGAAUGGAUGACACCUUUAGUGCUGCUCACAUUGGCCUUUGCCCCACCCACUGCCCAAUAUGUGUCUUUGAUCCUGAAAAGGUUAGUCACCCCUCCUCUGAAGGUUCUGAGAAGACAGGUGUUUACCAAUUUGCCCUUCUCUAUUUGUCCUGAGCCUGGCUCUUUGUGCAGUGCUGCCUAUUUGUGCCAAGUGGCUUUUCACCAUGGCUCCUGUCACCAAAGGUUAACAUACACACUGCUUUUGCUAUGCUGUGAUUGGCUGGAGAGUUACUCGGAUCCCUAGGUUGCACAGCAGGAGGGGCAAUGUAUUUUGGCCCUUCAGUAGGUCCAGUCUGAGUGUUCUGAUUUGCAUAAUCUCUUUUGACGUGUACGGAGUGUGAGGGAGUAGGUACUGCUCCUCUCUGCCUUCAGAGCCCAGCAGUGGGGCUCCAUGGCAUAAUAUUACAUUAGUGUAUCCUGGCCAUACGCAGUUGUAGAGUCCCUGGCAGUUCAUCCUCCAGAUCUACCAACACGGGGCACUUAGCUGGCAUUCUAAAGCUCACCAGACAGUAUAAAGGGGAUUGGCAAAACCUUUUAAAAAAGCAGGUCAGGCUCAGAUCUGUGGCAAGCUUUAUCAGCAAUGCAGACUUGCUGUCAACUGGCUGCUGUGCCACAAAAGAGGCAGACACCUCUGCUUAUUAAUAGCAUUUAUUAGUUGCUUUUUCCCAAAGAUAGGACUCAAAGCGAUGUACAAAAAGGAAAACAAACACAUUGCAUAUGAAAUAGCUUGCAAUAAGUCAAACAUGUGCAAAAACAAUUUCAAGUGAAAUAAUACAAUAAUAAAGAAAAUAACAAAUGGCAGAUAAAACAGCAGCACAAAAACCAUAUCAACACUAUAAAUAUAACAUAACAAUCCUAUUACACACCUAGUCAAUAUGGCAAAGGUAGAAAAGAAGUAACACAAUUUCAAUUUAGAAAACUUCGAAUACUGCAAGUGUAUCUUGCCAAUUUGCCUGAAGUUGUUGAGAAUCUGAUACUGUCUGAGCGGUGGUCUUACUAUCCCUGUAAUACCUAUUCAUCUGAACAUGUAUAAUAAACAGAUUAUUGCACUGAU